AUGAACCAAAAGAAAAAAAAGAGAGUACUUUCUUUUUAAAUUUAAAACUUGACAGGCACAUUAUCAGAAAUGUUUGAUAGUUAAUAGUCAACCAAUAGAAAACUAAAUGAUAAACCUAGCAUCAAUACACUUCAAAAGAUAUUGCCUUUCAAUGAGAUUGACUAAUUCUUUUCACCCAAGGAAUCAGGUUCAACUACAAUGAGAUCCAUUCCUAAGCUCCGCAAAAGUUCCAUUAGUCCCAAACACUCAUACAUAUACUCAAGAAAGACAAUUCAAACACCUUUAAGAAUUAGGUCAUCAAUAGUUAUGUUAAAUCAAUUUGAAUAACAGUUUGCUGAAAGUAUACAAUGUAAUGACCAAAUUGGAGCUAUAGAAAGUUUGCUAAAUAUGAUGGUAAUUGCAGUUGAAUAGGAUAACAUUGCUUUACUAAUAACGUUUAUGCGUCUUAGUGCAUUAACAUUUAUCUCAUUUUAGGAAUGGACCAAGGCUCUUCUAUUUUUAUCACAUUGCAAGUUUCUUAGUGAAUUCACAAGAUAAUUUAAUGUCAUUCAAUGGACAUUUCUUCAAAUUGGAAUUUUGUGUAAAUAUGUUAAGAAAUACGAAUAGGGCAAAAUAUUCAUAAAGAAAUCUUUGGAAUAUGCAUGGCAUUUGAAGGAUAUAGAUUAAGAAAUAAUCUGUUAUGAAGAACUUGGUAAAUUGUGCUUUCUCAAUUAUGAAUUAAAAAUAGCUAAAUCCUUACAUGAAAAAAGCAUGAAAGGUACUGUAGAAAAAGAAAAGUCCCCCAUGAAGAUGGUUUCAUCGAAGGGGAUGCAGUAAAUCAUGAAGAUGUUACCUUAAGAAGAGAUGAGUUUGGGAUUACACAUAUUUUCUAAAGCUGUAAAUUUCCCAAUCAAGUUGAUUCAAUGUUAGAACCCUCUUUAUUAUUAACGAAGAUAAGUGAAAAAUCAAUACAUGAUAUCACAUAAUUUGGAAUGUAUACCAAAUUAAAGAGUGAUUGAUAUCGAUAUUUCAUUAGAUGAAAUGCUACAAUAAUUUUUGAGAGGAAAGAAUUUUGCUUUUGAAAUUCCAAUUCCGAUUUCUGUAGCUGAUGAAUAUGAAAGUAUGAAACCAACGAAUCAAAUACCCAAGGUAUAACAACUAAAAUAAACAUAAACAGCAACAUUAAUAAAAUUAUAAUCCUUGAAGUUACAUCCCUUAUCAAAUAAAUAGCCUACAAUAAUCCUAAACGACUUUUAAAAGAAGCUUCCUUUGGAGGAAAUGGUUAGAUAACGUUUGGAGAUGAAGUUUUAAUCUCCUUCUUUUACGGAAACAUUGAGGAGCAAGAAAUUUUCCAGCAAUUUAGAAUAAAUAAGAUUAACUCAUGAAAGAGUCGGAAUUGCUUUGAGUGUGGAACACUCAAAGAGAGGGUUAGUUAGAUAUGCAUAGAAGUUACUUAGUUAAUAAUAAAUUACUUUCAUUUGA